UCCAAGCAUUAAACUUGGCAGGACUGAACACAGAGAAGCUUCAGGUGCUGAUAUGUGGGGUGCACUGAGACUCCAAGUGGCCUGUUUCUGGGCAGUAUUGGUGUGGAGCAAUGUUAGUUUCCAAUAUCCCCAGUCAGCUAACCGUUACCAAUACACAGCAUCAGUAUUUGCUGAGCUCCAUCCCACGGAGAUGCAAGCAGUAAAAACCUUCCUCUUGUCCCAGAAACACCUCAAGCUGUCAACUGCAAAAAGUCAGACACUCAAGAAAAAUUACAUCUUCCUCAUCGAACUUCAAAUGCCCAAGAAGCAGCAUGUCCUCAGUUUCCUGAGGGGAACAGGCUGUGCCCCCAGGCGCACUGCCAAGGUAGUGAUCUUUUUUGGUGCUGAGCCAGCUCCCAAUGUGACUGAGUUCAUUGUUGGCCCAUUGCCAGAGCCCACGUACUACCGGCCUGUGCCACUGAGUGGUAACCGGUCGAUACGUUUCACUGCCCGACCAGCAACGGCUGUGGAGUACACCUUCAUUCAUGAGAAACUGCUGGAGGUAACCAAGCCAGCAGCCCUCCUCCUGAGGGAAUCCAGUGGACUCUGGUAUAGCAACUGCACUGACCACUGCCUGAUCUUUACUGAUGUUGCCCCCAGGGGUCAGACGUCAGGUGAUAGGAAGUCAUGGUUCAUUCUGCAGCGAGCUGUGGAAGGGUAUUUCAUUCAUCCAAUUGGCUUUGAGAUCCUGUUAAACCAUGAGUCUCCAGAUCCACAGGAUUGGCUGGUGGAGAAGGUUUGGUUUAAUGGACAGUACUUUAACAGUGUGGAGCAGCUGGUGUGGAGUUACAACCUGGGCCUUGUCAAUAUUUCCCAGCUGCCGAAAUAUAGAAGUGAGGACCUUUACUCUACCUACAUACCCAGAGGCCAGUUCCAAAGCCUGACUGACAUUCCCGGGCCCAAACUCUAUGACCCUCAAGGGAAGAGGUACAAAGUGCAAGGGAACUUGGUCCUGUAUUCCGGCUGGAGCUUUGCAUUCAGGACCCGGUCUUCCACAGGCCUCCAGCUUUUCGAUAUCCGGUUUAAUGACGAACCAAUCGCGUAUGAGAUCAGUGUCCAGGAAGCCGUUGCAUUUUACUCAGGGCACAGCCCAGCGGGAAUGCAGACAAAGUACAUUGACACAGCCUGGGGAAUGGGCAUCGUGAACUAUGAGCUGGCAAAGGGAAUUGACUGCCCAGAGAUAGCCACCUACAGAGAUGUUUACCACUUUAUGGACACAGACCAGCCAAUCCGCUACAAGAAUGCACUGUGUAUAUUUGAACAUUCCACGGCAGUGCCACUCAGGAGGCAUUUCAACAGUAAUUUCAAAGGAAGCUUCAACUUCUACGGGGGCCUGGAGAACCAGGUGCUGGUCAUCAGAACCACAUCCACUGUCUAUAACUAUGACUAUAUCUGGGACUUCAUCUUCUACCACAACGGGGUGAUAGAGGUCAAGGUUCACGCCACCGGUUACAUCCAUGCCACCUCCUUCAGACCUGAGGGAGUAAACUAUGGCACCAAAGUCUAUCACAGUGUCUUGGGCAAUCUUCACACUCACCUAGUCCACUAUAAAGUGGAUCUGGAUGUGGCAGGAACAGAGAACAGCUUUGAAACCCUUGAGUUGAAGUUUGAGAACAUCAGUAAUCCAUGGGUUCCAGGAGAUUACAUUGUGCAAUCAAGACUGGAAAGGGUGCUGAGGGAGCGGGAGCGAGCUGCAGCUUUUAGGUUCCAGAAAGCUCUGCCCAGGUACUUGCUGUUCACCAAUCCCAACGAGCAGAACAAGUGGCAAAACCAGCGAGCCUACCGCAUCCAGUUCAACUCUCAAGCAGAUCGCGUUCUGCCUCGCAACUGGAAGGAGGAGAAGGCAAUCACCUGGGGCAGGUACCAGUUGGCAGUGACUCGCUUCCGAGACAGGGAGGAGACCAGCAGCAGCAUGUACAUUCAGAAUGACCCGUGGGAUCCAACAGUUACCUUCGAGAACUUCAUUCGCAACAAUGAGAACAUCACCUCUCAGGACCUUGUUGCCUGGGUAACUGUUGGUUUUCUACACAUUCCACAUUCAGAAGAUAUACCCAACACCAGUACUCCUGGCAAUGCCGUCGGAUUCCUCCUGCGUCCAUUCAACUUCUUCCAGGAAGACCCUUCUGUUGUGUCGCGGAGCACAGUGAUUGUGAGGCCGGAUGGUCAGUCCAAGGUGAAGAUUCAGAGAUGGACGCUGACUUCCCCUGACCUUUGCCUAUCAGAAAGCUCCUUCACCUAUAAUGGCAGUUACUUAGCUGACUAAAGUCUCUGAGUGGGAGAUCGGAAUGAUCAACAAUCAUCAUCUGCAAUACCUACACUAGGCUUUAGACCAUCCUUCUAUCCCAAUGGGGCCAAAAGGUCUCCUUUCUAAUCUAAAGAUUUCUAUGUUUCUAUGUUCUGGCUGAUUCCUAAAUAGUUUCUUCUCAUUAACAUAAUCAAAGCUCUUCAGAAAUCUCCCCAGCACCUUGCUCUGAUCCACAGAGAACUGUCUCUGUUUCCCUAGUCUCUCAAAAUUUAUCAAACUCCCUCAUCCAGCUCCUGUUCUGCCCCAGUCCCUCUCCAAGGCCCUGUUGUCACCAUCAAUUCUCUCUCUCUCUCCUUUGGGAGUCUGAUGUGGCCCCUCUUUCACCUCCAGCAAACCCCUCCCCCUACAGUUAUUGCCCUGCCUUGGUUUAGCUCCUGCUCUGACUCUGUGAAAUGCCCUGGGGUGAAGGGUGUAGAUAGAGCUGUGAUCCCGGGGUGACCUACACCUGUCAGCACAGCCCCGUGUUGUUCAUUCCCUGUGGGCCCUGCUGCAGGUACAUUCCUGUUGUCACCUGAAUCUGUCACUGCCACAUCUCAAUGCAGUUCCAAACACUUUUAUUCACAAACACCAGUCUCUGUGUCAACCUCUUCCAUGCUGUCUCCUCAGGACCUCAGUGCCAGGUCACCACAAAUAUCACUUGCAUUCACAUUGAACCAUGUCAUCUCAUCUUAAAGAAUUAGGUUUGGACUUAAAGGGACAGGAUCUCUCCUUCUCUUAAAGGGACAGCUCGCCUCCUUUCUGAAAAUGAUCAGAGUGCUCCACUUAUUGCUGUUAAAAGUGAUUGUGUAGUUUGAGAAUUAAUGUGUUUAUAAUCCUUGAUAUAAACAAAAUAGGGACUGUUGUUGUUAGAAUAAGAAAGAAUGAUUUCUAUGUUGAAUUAUGAAUAAACUUCAGGAGUGUACCUACAUUACUCACUAAACACACACCAUCUACAUCAGCAGCUUCCCAUUCUGACCCUGUUGCUGGAAAAUCAAUAAACUGCUGACUGACUCACA